CACGGCUGUCAACUCGGACAACUCAGCCGUUGCUACAAGCACUCCAACUGCCAGGUUACAGAACAAGUGGGGCCCACGCUUUGUCAAACUUACGUUCCAUUGUAAGACGGUGGAAGAAGGUCAAAACCCUCCUUUUUUCCUCUCUGAACUUUCGGUCAUCUGAAGGACUGAACCAGAACUAAACCCUAACUCUGGUGAACGCUCGAGUCUCAUUCACCAUUUUCAAGAUCUAGGGUUUCAACUUUAUUCUCUCCCUCAAUGCUAAUCUUUCUAGGGUUUGUUCUUUGAUUGGCCGAGGAAAUGGCAUUUUCUUGGUCUGUUUUCAUAGUCAUCUUGCUCUCAAUUCUGGGGUUUCGUAGCUGCCACGCACGCAUCUUCAGCUUUCAAAUGCACCACCGCUUCUCUGAACCGGUCAAGAAAUGGUCGGAGGGAGCUGGAAAUGGUUUUCCGGCCGGUAAUUGGCCGGCGAAGGGCAGUUUUGAGUACUAUGCUGAAUUGGCCCACCGUGACCGGGCUCUUCGAGGUCGUCGGCUCUCGGACAUCGACGGACUGCUUACUUUUUCCGACGGGAACUCCACUUUCCGGAUCAGCUCGUUGGGAUUUUUGCAUUACACAACCGUUUCAUUGGGGACACCAGGGAAGAAGUUUUUGGUGGCACUUGACACAGGGAGUGAUCUGUUUUGGGUUCCCUGUGAUUGCAGCAGAUGUGCCCCUACUGAAGGCACCACUUAUGCUUCUCAGGAUUUUGAGCUUAGUAUCUACAACCCCAAAGGUUCAUCAACGAGCAGAAAAGUCACUUGCGACAAUAGUUUGUGUGCUCACCGUAAUAGAUGCCUUGGAACAUUCAGCAAUUGUCCAUACAUGGUCUCCUACGUUUCAGCUGAAACUUCAACUUCAGGGAUUUUGGUAGAGGAUGUUCUCCACUUAACAACAGAAGAUAAUCGUCAAGAAUUUGUUGAGGCUUAUGUUACAUUUGGUUGUGGACAGGUUCAAACUGGUUCAUUUCUAGACAUUGCAGCUCCCAAUGGCUUAUUUGGGCUUGGUUUGGAGAAGAUUUCAGUCCCUAGCAUUUUAUCAAAAGAAGGUUUUACAGCAGAUUCUUUCUCCAUGUGUUUUGGACCUGAUGGAAUUGGAAGGAUUAGUUUUGGAGACAAGGGUAGCCCUGACCAGGAAGAGACCCCAUUUAAUCUGAACGCAUUACACCCAACCUAUAAUAUUACUGUAACUCAAGUUCGUGUGGGCACUACUCUCAUUGAUUUGGAUUUCACUGCUCUUUUUGAUUCCGGGACCUCUUUUACAUACCUGGUUGACCCAAUCUAUACAAAUGUUUUGAAGAGUUUCCACUCACAGGCACAAGAUAGCCGGCGCCCUCCUGAUUCAAGGAUCCCCUUUGAAUUUUGUUAUGAUAUGAGUCCUGGGGAAAAUACAAGCUUGAUACCUAGCAUGAGUUUAACCAUGAAAGGAGGAAGCCAGUUUCCAGUAUACGAUCCAAUAAUCAUCAUCUCUUCUCAGAGUGAACUUAUAUAUUGCAUGGCUGUUGUUAGGAGUGCAGAACUGAAUAUAAUUGGACAAAAUUUUAUGACCGGCUACCGCAUCAUAUUUGACCGUGAAAAACUUGUUUUAGGAUGGAAGGAGUUUGAAUGUGAUGAUAUCGAAAAUUCUAGUGUACCAAUAAGACCGCGUGCUACUUCAGUGCCCCCUGCUGUUGCUGUUGGAGUAGGUAAUGAUACUACAAAAUCUACAAGAGAUACCCGGAACUUUUCUCAGAGUCGGAAUUCAGUUGCCUCACCAUUGUUUCACAGGAUUACUCCUGAGCUGACUUGCUUCAUACUUCUCUUCAUUUUGCUUCUAUUAUUGUAGAGGUUCAAUGACCAAUUUUUUUCAGGUCAGUUGCAGUUCCCUAUCGUAGUACCCUCAUAGGUUAGGUAUACCUCUGUAUCAUAUAUUCAAUCAAAAGACCACCUUAAUCAGCCAAGUCUACAUUUUUCCCUUGCCUUUCUGUUGGGGGCUGGGUGGAUGGUGUUUGUGAAUGUGAAAUUUUAUUGAUCCUUGGUUGUAGAUAUAGUUACACCAUACACAAGACGAAAGAAAAAAAUCACUGUAUAAUUUUGCCCUUC